UGUGGUGUCGUUCCGUAUCUUUCCGGACUUGUCGGCGGUGCGCAUCUCACCGACCGGGAAUACCGAUUUCUGAACAUUUCGGCCUUUUUCUCCGCUGCACCGUAAGCUGUGUUUUCCUGCAAAGCGGAGCGGGUUGCAUUGGCGUCGCGGUGUUUAAGUGAACCAUCCCGUCGGUCAGUAUUAUGACAAUCGGAGAUGACACACAUCCAGAAGGAGCCGUGUUUGUUUUGUAUGGCGAAAUGAGGCAGGGGGUGGAGAGUCGCCACAGAGACGCUGGGCUUCGGCCAAACAUCACCGCAUUUUAGCACUUAUUCGAUGCCCGGGGUUUGCAUUGCAUUGCAUUUGCUGCAUCGCUGAUCGGACGCGUUUUGCAAAGUGCACGGUGGAAAAUGCAGCUUGUUUGAGGACACCCCCUCUCCAGAUAUCCGUUGCUGCCAUGAUAGGCAGAGGUCUCCUCUCAGCCGCGGCUCGGCCGGUUGGAGAAGAGGCAGAUUGAUUCGGGACGGUGGGUCGCAUCUGCGGAUAUUAUUCUGUCUGUGGAGCCUGUAAAUAUUAUCCGCGCAAUUACACCGUGAUUCUUACUCAGGGAAAAAAAAAGGGGAGAAAGAAAACAACAUGUCUUCUCGAUCUGCAUUACCGUCUGGAAACGACAGGAGUACUGGAGACCAUCAUGUGUCGCUGGCGGCCAGCCGCUCAGACAAGGCCACCAGCCAGUCCAGCCGCUCGCUGGGUGCCCGGUGCAGGAACUCCAUCGCCUCCUGUUCCGACGAGCAGCCGCACAUCGGCAACUACCGUCUGCUCAAGACCAUCGGAAAGGGAAACUUCGCCAAGGUCAAGCUGGCCCGCCACAUCCUGACGGGCAGAGAGGUUGCAAUAAAAAUCAUCGACAAAACUCAGUUGAACCCAACCAGCCUACAAAAGCUCUUUCGGGAGGUACGAAUAAUGAAAGGCUUAAAUCACCCUAACAUAGUGCAGCUGUUCGAGGUGAUUGAGACGGAUAAGACCCUUUACCUAAUCAUGGAGUACGCCAGUGGAGGUGAAGUGUUCGACUACCUCGUAUCUCAUGGGAGAAUGAAGGAGGUUGAAGCCAGAGCCAAAUUUCGACAGAUUGUUUCGGCCGUCCACUACUGCCACACGAAGAACAUCGUCCACAGAGACCUGAAGGCGGAGAACCUUCUGCUGGAUGCCGACGCCAACAUCAAGAUUGCCGACUUCGGCUUCAGCAAUGAGUUCACGCUGGGCAACAAGCUGGACACGUUCUGUGGCUCGCCGCCCUACGCUGCCCCCGAGCUUUUCCAGGGUAAAAAGUACGAUGGGCCCGAGGUGGACGUCUGGAGUCUCGGAGUCAUUCUCUACACGCUGGUCAGCGGCUCGCUGCCCUUCGAUGGGCAGAAUCUGAAGGAGCUGAGGGAGCGCGUGCUGAGGGGGAAGUACCGCGUGCCCUUCUAUAUGUCCACAGACUGUGAGGGGAUCCUACGCCGAUUCCUGGUGCUCAACCCCGCCAAACGCUGCACACUGGAGCAAGUCAUGAAGGAUAAGUGGAUAAAUACAGGGUAUGAGGGGGAUGACCUGAAGCCCCAUAUAGAACCUGUUGAAGACUACAGUGAUCCAGCGCGUAUAGAGGUGAUGGUCGGGAUGGGAUUUACUCCAGAGGAAAUCAAGGACUCGCUGCUCAAUCAGAAAUACAAUGAGGUCACAGCCACCUACUUACUGCUGGGCCGCAAAGGCGAUGAGGGCAGUGAUGCUCGCACAGCCAGUAGCCUGUCCCUGGCGAGGGUACGACCCAGCCCCAUCACCAAUGGGACCAACAAGCACUCCUCAGCCACUGGAUCCUCUUCCUCCUCCACCUCUUCCUCACAUAGCAAGACCCAGCGUAGUGCCUCCACCUACCACAGGCAGCGACGACACAGCGACUUCUUCCUCCACAACCAAGGCGGGCCUUCCAUGCCCGUCAUGCACCCCAAACGGAGCCCAACCAGCACGGGCGACCGGGAGCUUCGGGAGGGCCGGAUGCCCUCACGUAAGGCCAGCUGCAGCGUGAUGGGAAGCCAUAGCCUCCCUCCCUCCAGCCCGAUGGUCAGCAGUGCCAACAAUCCCAACAAGUCUGAGAUCCCAGACCGUCGCAAAGACAUGACUGCCACCACAAAUAACAUCCCUGGAAGCGCCAUGACACGCCGGAAUACAUAUGUGUGCACAGACCGCUCAGGCGCUGACAGGCACUCCCUUCUGCAGAACGGCAAAGACAACAGCUCACUGGGCCACCGCAUGCCUCCGGCCUCCCCCUCCACACUCAGCAUCGCUGGAGCUGGAGCCGCCUCCUCUUCGUCUUCGGACCGAUGCCGUCUGACCCGAGGCUCCACAAUCCGAAGCACCUUUCACGGGGGUCAGCUGAGGGACCGCGGUCCCCCAGUUUACUCUGCCCCGCCCACUUCCCCCACCCUGUCCCACCAUGACGCCAGCCCGCUGCCCCAUGCCCGCACUAGGGCGACCUCCAACCUCUUCACCAAGCUGACCUCGAAACUCACUCGCAGGGUCACAAAUGAAUCUGAGGGAAUCAGGAGAUUUGCGGUCACAAGUUGCCAUCUACCUGGGUAUCAAAAAGCGCCCGAGCCCCGGGCCGUCGGACGUGGCUGGGAUCUGAGAGGGGGUGGGCGGCGGGACCCUGCGGAGGUGGUACUGGCUCUGCGGGAGGCAGCGCUCGGCUGUGGCUGCCAGGUCCACCAUGCCGGCCCCUUUCUGCUCUCCUGCACCCACGGCGUGGCAGGGGGCCGCGUGGCUUUCGAGGCUGAGGUGUGCCAUCUUUCCACUGGCAACUCCGAGACUUCUAACGGGGUGCGCUACACGCGACUCUGGGGGGCGCCGCUAGCUUUUCGGGACAUUGCCACCCAAAUCUCCAAGGACCUUGAACUUUGAACAGAGGGUGCACUAUAGCGCGAGUGUUUUUGUGUGAGUGUUAGUGUGUACAAGUGUGUGUGUGUGUGUGUGUGUGUGUCUAAAGGCGGGCGGGCAGGGGGUGGAAGUAAUUGAAGAAAAAAAAAAAAAGCAGAGAAGGGGCGAGGGGCUGGACCCGAGAGAAAAGACUUCUCCUUCUGUCUCUUUCAUGACCCCCCCACUCCCCUCCCGAACACACACAUGCACAUAUACACACAGAUACGCACACACGUGACCCGUAAAUUCAGUCGGACUGAAGCACCCCCUCCCCCUCCCCUCACUCCCUCCUCCACCCAGUAACCCCACCCAGCUCAGCCAACUUCUUCACUGAGCAACUGCACCCACUGGACCUGGAUCAGAGGGAAUCUAGUUUUAAUAUUUUUUAUUGCUACUCUAGCCAUAAUGACUCUUUAUUUUGUUAUUUAUUGCUCUCGUCAUCGUUUUUCAUCACUGUCACUUUCACCACUACAGAGAAACAUCAUCUCUCGUGUCCCGGACAUCAUUGACCAGCCAGUCCUUUUUUAACUCGUUCUUUUAUGUGUCACCUUUACGUACACCAUUCAUUUUUCCCUGCCCGGUUUGAUAAAAUACCAAUGAAGUGAUAAUCUGCUGACUUUUCAUCACCGUGGGACAACAACAUGCACAAACGUGGAGAUGGUCCAACUCAGUAGUCAAACAAGCGGCUGCAGAAGGUUGCAUUGCUGUGAUUUGUGUACAUACUGCAGUGACGAACACACUGGAUUAAGGUCAGUGAGAGCAGUGUUGACAGGCUUUGGAAACAGCCAAUCAGAAGCUGGCUCUGAUGUUAAUGAGUCAGAGGAUUGAAGUGGUGGAGUUCACAGCUUUUACCAACCGGACGUUAAAGAUGUAGAUGAUGUUUAAUGAGAAAAAAGCCACUCGAGAAGCUCAAUUUUUGCCGGAAAAGAAGAGGAUGAGGUGAAAUAAUCUGGUGUUUGUCUUGAAAUUAAAGAAAUUGUUCAACGUUUUGUGAAAUUUGAUUGAAAAAAAAACAACAACAAAAACCUAACCCUCUUUUAUUGAUUGUAUAAAAGAGAUCUAAAUAAAGAAUGAAGAUGCAAAAAAUUCAUUUUAAACAUAUAAAUAGAGGAUGAGUGGUUUUUAUCAUUUGGAUUGAAAAAUAUAAACACUUUUCUCUCUCAGAUGGUAGAAAAAAAAUUGGCCCACUAAACUUCACACUUUAGUUUUUAUUAAAAAAUUAUAUAUAAAACCAGAAAGUAAUCAUUUUUAUAGUGACAUAUGGAAUGAAUUUGACAUCUAAUGUAGACUUAAAAUCCAACAUAUGUUAAUAAGUGUGACUUUUUUUUUUUUUGAUCAGUUUCCUCUAUUAACCUAAGAUGCAGACAAAUAUAAGAUCAUUUGUAAAGUCACUUAGGUACAGGUUAGUAGAUACACUGUUAAAAAUGUAACAAUGAGCUUUUUUAGAAGUGUUUACAUUUGGUUUUAUGUCACUUCUCAACAAAUAACACAGUUCUAAAAGCUAAAUCGAACCCAACCCUGCACCCAGCCCUUCUCUGAUUUCACAGGAAAAUUAUUCUUGAAUUCCGACCACUGAAAACAUUCUUGUCCCAUGAUCUAACUAUCCUUGGCGUGGUUGACUGUCAUAUUUUAGUUUAGUUUAUUUGCACAUUGCAUGCAAUAAUAUAGUAAAAAAUUGGAAAGAGGAACAUUGUGAAAGGAAGGUUAGAAGCCAGAAAUCACAGAAAGUCUUUCAAAUACAGACAUUAGUAUAACAUUAAGGAAAAUACACUGUAGCUUUUGUAUAAUUUGAGUGGUUUUCACGUUUUUUUUUGCUUUUUGUAAUGUAGAUGUUAAUUGAAGCGGGAGAUGUCAGUUGUUCCAAAGAAAUGGUUGUCGAUAUUUUAGUGAAUAUUCAUUUACAGAAGAUUAAAGUCUUUUCUGGAAAAAUAUUAAUGUCAGUAGAAAACUUGAGAAAAUUACAGAAGGCACCUUGAAGUUCAUAUUUAUACAUGAAGACUCAGGUCUGGUAAAUAUUCACAUUAAAACUGAUAGAAGUUUUUAUUUUCUCAAAACAGGAACAGAUGAAUCAUAUUUCUAAUAAAUUUUCCCAAUCAUUCUCCAAAAUGCCCCUUAGAUUUGGAAAGAUUUAUUUUUGAUAAGUGGGACAAGUAGCAGCCCAGACAUUAUUGUUACAAUAGAUAAUAUGAGGAUAAAUUAAGAUGUAAUAAAUAGUCAAAAUACAGGAAUGAUCGAUCAGUAAAUAAACUUCAUGCUUUUUCACAAACAAAUUCAAUCUGUUCAACUGUGACUCACAGGAGAUUAGCAUGAGGAACUAUAUUUCUUAUGUUUUCAUAGGUAUUUUGCCAUUUUCAUUGAUAUUAUUCUCAUUUUUUUUGUAAAAUACCAUAAAAUUAGUUUCUGGCUAUUGAGAGAGAGUUUACCUCCAAACACUUUACAAAAAUAAAAUAAUUAAAUUGUAUGAUAUUUCUCAAAAAGUAAGCACUCUUACAUUUACACUGUAAGAAGCAAAAUGUUGAACUAUUUCUUUAAGCUUUUAUUAUAGUUUUUCUUUUGUUUGUUUGUUCUUUUUUUUUUUAUGAAAUGGCCUGAAAAGCACAUUAUGGCCCUAACUUUUCAGAGAAACUCUCACCGCUGUCUGGUUGGCUUCAUUCAUCGCCUCUCAGCGCUGCUCGUCGUCACUAAUACAAAAUGUUUUCACCUUGCCAUGCACAGAUAUUCUGGUUUAUCCCUUUACCUUCCUUCAAAUGCAUUGUACUGAAGACACGAUGAAGCGCUAAACCCUUUUCUAGUUGCCUAAAGAAAUGGUACACAUGUAGUUCAUCUGCAGACCUCAGCUUUGGACUAUGGAGACACCAGAACAGAAAGCUGUCCCAGAUAGUAAGAAUAAUAAUACUACUGAUAAUAAUGGAGGGAUUUACUUUCAGUGCAAUGCAGUUCUUUGGUUUUAUUCUGUGCCAUGUGAUCUCCCCUCAGGCAUCAUCUCAGUAUAUUGACGGGAAACACCAAAAGUGGAUAAGCCAAGAAGCAGCAACACCUCACACACAAUUACACACUUUACCCCCUUCUUCUUUUUCCUCUUCUUCUACUUCUACUUCUUCUUCCUCUUCUACUUCUUCUUCUUCUUGUGGCACUGUCCCAUAUAAACUGGUCUGUCUAUUAUUGAUGACUGUGGGCUGUAAGGAUCGGGGGAGUGUUCUGGAAAAGGCACGAUGAAGGCAAGUGUGGACGGUGUUUUUCUUUUCUUUUUUUCUUGUUAGUCCAGUUGCCUUUAAAGUGAACUACCCCCAGCGCCUUCAUACAGUACAUAUUUAAUGUAAAAAAAAAAAAAAAAAAAGAGACAGAAAAAAGUGAGAGCUUUCUAUUCUCCCUCCCUGUUUUUAGUGAAUAACGUACUGUGAUAUUUACGUAGGCUACAGAGAUCAUGUUGUUUGGCUGCUGAUUUACUGUUAAUACUAUCUCUCAGUUGUGGCUUUGCUCAUGGUGACCCCCCCCAAAACACCCCCUUCCUCCCCUUCCCAUUUCUGUCCCCAUUUAACAGGGACACCAACCUUAGCUGUCCAUCACCUCAUAUGUACCACCAACUUUUUCUAUCGUCACAAUGAGCAUUUGGCUUUCCUCGGCUCUUCGUUUGAGACCCUGUUUUCUCGUUUGGCAGGGAAAACAUUCAGCCAUCUUCCACACUCUCACGUUGUAGACCCAUGUAUGACAUCUCUCCUUGGGCCUGUUUGGUGUUGGCUGUUUUCAGAGCCUGAAUGGAGGCAUCUGGUUUGACCGGUUCGUCUCUGCAGGGGCUAAAAGCAAACACCGAUAUGGACACCGGGAGUCUGUCCUUGUCCUCUCCCUGGACGUUUAUCAUUGUGGUGUAUAUUAGCAUUAGGUAAUAUAGACCUCAAUGCACUUUGCUUUGACUUGAAUCAGCUCCUUCCAGUGUACCUGUAUAGGUAAUACCCAGAACUAGCCACUGGAGGGCGCCAAUGUCUUAAAUGUGAAACACUUCAAUUUGUGGAUAUUUGCACAGGUACUUUAUUUAUUUUUUAGAAUAAUAUCAUUAAAAAACAGGAUUUAUAUCAGUCAGUUGAUGGCUGUAUAUAAAAUAUAUGAAUAUAGUAUAUAUCUUAGAGCUCAAGGUUUAUUUAUAGCUAGAGCAAGGGAAGUAAUUCUAGUUUAAAGCAGUUUCUGUCAGUGACAAUGGGGAACAAAACCAACCUGCAAUCCUGCAUGACUUCAGAGUUUGGGGUUUAGGAUAUUAAAAAAAAAGAAACAAGAUGCACACCUAGGAUUGGAAGCUUUGUGAAAUGCACACACAGUCAGUUUUUAGAAUUGAAACUAAGAAAAGGUGCCGGACGGAGCACCUGGCCCUUCCCCGAUUCACAAAAACUAACAGAAAGGCUUGGGCGACGUUUAGUAACUUCACUCCACCUCGUUCGCAAGAGAGAGGACUCAGUUUGUUUGAGAUGGAUGUUUGGUUUUUGAAGUAUUUAGAUAUGCCAUGAAAUGUACCGCAACAUACAGUAUGUUCUGUUUAGAUUAAGCAUGGACAGGAUAAAAUUUCCACCUUAAUACACCAGUGUGAAUUUUACCCUAAAUUUACACCAAAUCCAGUUCGCCUCUGAAGAGUUGAAAGCCCUGGGUUGCAUUCAAGCCAUAGAAAUGUUACUAAGGUCUCCUGGUCACCAAUUUAAAUGCUGAGCAUUUUAGUGGAAACUAUCAAAGUGGGCUACAAGCCUCAUAACCUAGUGUCAAACAACUUAUUCUUAGUACAAGGUGGGUGAACAUUGGUGGAAUCUACUGUGAAAACUUCUGGCUUUGAGUUUUAAUGACCUGACUGUACAGCGUGUUACUGGUCUGCUCGGUGGAUGGUGCAGUAUUAUGACUCCAGAGAGCUCAGUAUUUAACAUGCAUUGUCAUUUUAAAUCUGAUUUUGAGAGAGGUUUAUGUUAUAUGCAAAAGAGACUUAAUGAGACUGAAGAACAUUCACAGUUUGACCUGUAUGAGUAAUUUUACACUGUUGUACUGUUUAAUUCCUCCCCUCAGAAACAAACUGUAAACCGAGAUUGAGUGGUUGUGGAAUAUGAGAAAAACGUGGAGCUGAAGAUUAAUAAAAUUCACUGAUGUUGGCA